CAGACUUCCAUUAAAAAAAACUAAAUGGUGGAAGAAGGUGUUUGUCACACCGUGUAAACCCCCUCACACUCUCUCUGCCAAACUCUUUUGAUGCCUAUAAUUUUGGAGAAAAACAUCUUUGCUGCAGUUGUCGUCUCCAUUCAGUCUUCUCUCUCUGCCCAACUGUCAAAUUGGAAUUUGGCAACGUCUCAGCUGGCAGCACUGCCAACAAGACCACUUGUUUUGCCUGUUUUGUGCGAAAGUCUGUGAGGAAACUACAAAAACAAUUGAGAAAAUCCAUAACGAAAAAGAAACAACAAAAGAAAAAUGUGAAAAUUUGUUAAAAGAAAUCAUUUUAAGUUAUUAUUAUUCUUUGCACACACUCAUUCAUUAUUCUCUUCUUUUUUUAUAUAAAUAUGUACUUUGAAAAUAGCCAAAUAGCCUCUUGAUCUUGGUUAGUGUUUGUGCUCGUUCGGGCGUGUUUGUUCGUUCCGUCGGUUUAGUGAUGAUUAUAUAGCAUGUGUUGACGCCUAUAACAAAAGAACGCAGACAAAAAUAUCAAAAAAAAAAAAAAAACAAAAGAUAAUACGAAUAGCCUAGCAAAGUAUCAAUGCAAAAAUGUUUUUUUAAACAAUUUGGCCAGAAAUAACGGCAAUUUGCAACCACUUGUACAAGAUUGUCAACGAAUGCGUCAGUGACAACAAAGUCGGCGUCAGCAGCGGCGGAAGAGCUCUGAGCAGAAAAAACCUCAAGCAAAGUAUACGUUAACACAAAUGGCUAAAGGGGUGAUGUAGUUGGACAGUGCUAGACAAGCUUUGGUUGUUUUUUCAGAACUUUUCUCCUCUCACCCUUUUGUUUUUAUUUAACCAUAUCAUUUAAUGAAAUUAGCUCUUCUGUCACUGCUGUUUUAAUCAUGCCUGUGUGUGUUUGUGUGAAUGAGUGUGAACAUUUGUGUUUGAAUGAGAAGAUUUCAGCAAAAGCAAGUCAAUUAAAAUUAAACGCGCAAAAAUGUCAUCUUUGCAUAGUCCCCACUUGGCCUUUGCUGACAACCAGGAAAUUAUGCAAUUCUUAUCUUAAAAACAAACAACAAAAUAUGAUGUGAACAUACAAGAAAUAAAUACGCAAAACAAUAACAAAAAACAAAAUAUUAAGAAAUAAGCUCACAACAACAACGAAGACGACGAUAACAAUAUAUCACAACAAAAAAACAAACAACAAUUUCAAAUUAGAACAAAAAUUGAAAAAAAAACCACAACUUGCAAUUCUAUUCCUACGCCUCUUCAACAUCAUCAUUCAGAUAGACAAAGGACAAAUAAACCAAACAAACGAUACAGCGUUAAACGAAAAGCCCACAACAGCCAUCUAAAGCGCGUAACAAAGCAAAUCUGGAAAUCUCCACAUUUGCCAACUUGAAAUUGUUUGUUUUAUUGACACACCACCACACCAUUUCCACAAUUUCUCCGCUUUGUGUGAUUGAGUGUUUUGUGCGAUCUGUGCUACGCGUGUGUCUGAUAUCUCUUUGUUGUCCGGCUUGGAGCCCGUAGACUAAAAACGUGGUCAUACAUAGCACAACAGCUAAGGACAAUUUUUUGCCCAUCUACCCGCUACGCCUGCUGCCUGCGUGCGUGGUCAUCACAUUCAUAGCCAUUUAUAGCAUACUAUAUACACCACAACCAAGAUGGCGGGUCAUCACAAUGCAAAUCUUCUAAGUUCGGAUAUAUCACGUCGCAAUCCCCAGGAUGAGUACGAGUUGAUACAGAAAAUUGGAUCGGGAACAUAUGGCGAUGUUUAUAAGGCAAAGCGUAUACAGAGCAAUGAAUUGGCCGCCAUAAAAGUCAUUAAAUUGGAGCCUACCGAUGACAUACAAAUCAUCCAACAGGAGAUCAUAAUGAUGCGUGACUGCCGCCAUCCAAACAUAAUUGCCUAUUAUGGCUCCUACCUGCGUCGUGACAAAUUGUGGAUCUGCAUGGAAUAUUGUGGCGGUGGCAGUCUGCAGGACAUCUAUCAGGUGACGGGGCCAUUGAGUGAACAACAAAUUGCCUAUAUGUCCCGCGAAACACUAAAAGGACUCGAGUACCUGCAUUCCAUGGGUAAAAUGCAUCGAGAUAUAAAAGGAGCCAACAUACUGCUAACCGAAUAUGGUGAUGUCAAGUUGGCAGAUUUUGGUGUAUCAGCUCAAAUAACGGCGACAAUUAACAAAAGGAAAAGUUUUAUUGGUACGCCCUAUUGGAUGGCACCGGAAGUGGCUGCUGUUGAACGCAAGGGUGGCUAUAAUCAAUUAUGUGAUAUUUGGGCCUGUGGUAUUACAGCAAUUGAAUUGGCUGAACUACAACCUCCUAUGUUUGAUUUACAUCCAAUGCGUGCUUUGUUCCUGAUGUCAAAAAGUGGUUUCAAACCUCCAACUCUGAGUAAUAAAGAGAAAUGGAGUACUACAUUUCACAAUUUUGUAAAAACAGCUUUAACCAAGAAUCCUAAAAAACGUCCCACAGCCGAAAGACUACUACAGCAUCCGUUCGUUCAGGGUGAGAUGUCAGUGCGAGUGGCCAAAGAAUUGCUCAAAAAGUACAUGAAUCCAAAUCAACAGUUCUUUUACAAUUGGGAUGGCGAUGAAGAGACGGUUGCCAGGGUACCACAACGUAUUGCCAGCAAAAUGACAUCAAGGCCGAAUGGCAUAUCGCCACAAAACCAUACUUUAAAAACAGGCAUGACAUCAUCCAGUUCACCGUGGAGCAAUGAGCGUUCAUCUAGUCCUGAAACAUUGCCGAGUGACAUGAGUCUCUUACAAUAUAUUGAUGAGGAACUGAAACUAAGAGCCACUUUGCCAUUAACCGAUACCAAAGAUUUACUAAGCACUGAAUGCAAUUGUAGCCAUAAUGGUAGUGGUGGCGGUGGAGGCGGCGGCGGAGGGGGUGGUGGUGGAGGAGGUGGUGGUGGUGUUGGCAAUAGCAACCAUAACAUCACCUCAUCAUCCACAACAUCGAAUGGCACCUCAUCUUCGACGACAGCGGCGUCAACGAAUGCCACCAACUCCUCUGCCUCCUCCCCAUCUACGUCAGCGGCGGGCGCUUUGAUAACAUCAGCUUCAGCCACAAAUGGCAGUGCUGGGCCUUCAUCAUUGAGCUAUGGUGGUGUUGGCAUGGGCGGCGGUUAUUCCAAUUUAAGGACCACAGCAUUGGAUGCCAUCGAUCUCACCGAUAAUCAUUCAUCACUCUUUGCCCACUUUGAUAUGCUGCGGCAUGGCUACAUCAAUUACAACAAUCACAGUCGGCCCAUAUCGAUUCCAGCGUCAAAUGCCUCGGCCAUUGCUGCUGCGGCCACAGCAUCAUCGAAUGGCCAAAUGUCCACAUCGACCUCAAUCAAUACGACCAGUGACGUUGUCGCCUCUACUUCAGCAUCUGCAUCAGCAUCAGCAUCAUCAUCCGCCUCCGCCAAUAAUGCAUUGUCAUCAUCGCAGCAGCAACAGCAGCAGCAGCAUCAUCAUCAUCAUCAUCACCAUUCAGCGGCAACAACGAAUGAUCCACACCAGAUGGGCAACAACAGCAGCAGCAACACGAGCAGCAAUAAUUUGAUGAACUACAACAGCCAUCAUCACUGUGAUUAUCAUCAUGAAAAUAAUCAGAAUGGUUUAGAGGAUUCACCCAGACGACACAGUUCCAUGGAUCAACUACUGGGUCUGCUUAAUGACAUGGGCACAUCACCACGUACCAGAAGUCUUAGUGAUGGUGGUACACAGGAAGAUGAGGAUGACCUUGAAAAGGAAGCCCAACCCGAUUUAUUAAAUAAUACACCUCCUGUGCCUCCCAAACGCUCCCACAGACGACGUCACACACCCCCUCGCCCCAUAUCGAAUGGCCUGCCACCCACACCCAAAGUGCAUAUGGGUGCCUGCUUUUCAAAGAUAUUCAAUGGUUGUCCACUACGAGUCCACUGCACUGCCUCAUGGAUCCAUCCGGAGACGCGGGAUCAGCAUUUACUUAUUGGCGCCGAGGAGGGUAUCUUCAAUUUGAAUAUGAACGAAUUGCAUGAUGCUGCCAUAGAUCAAUUGUUCCCACGACGUACAACAUGGUUGUAUGUCAUCAAGGAUGUCCUUAUGAGUCUGUCGGGUAAAUCGUGUCAACUGUAUCGGCACGAUCUCAUUGCGCUGCACUCGAAGCAAACGCAUCGAUUUUCAAUGCACAUGAAUAAGAUACCCGAGAGGCUGGUGCCGCGCAAAUUCGCCCUUACCACCAAGGUACCGGACACCAAAGGUUGUACGCAAUGCUGUGUUACCCGCAACCCCUACAAUGGCUAUAAGUAUUUGUGUGGGGCCACGCCCAAUGGCAUCUUCCUAAUGCAAUGGUAUGAUCCCUUGAACAAAUUCAUGCUGCUGAAGCAAUGCGAGUGGCCGGCCACUAGCAUACUGGGAGGUGGCCAUGGCUGUGUGUUGAAUGGUCGUACCCCGGUAUUUGAAAUGAUCAUCACACCCGAACUGGAAUACCCCAUAGUGUGUACGGGAGUGCGAAAGGCAUUGAAUGGAUGUGUCAAGCUGGAACUCAUCAACAUGAACAGUGGUGCCAGUUGGUUCCAUUCGGAUGAUCUGGAAUACGAUGCUAUGGCUACAAUGGUACCCCGACGCGAACUACUCAAAGUGGUUAAAGUGCAUCAAGUGGAAAAGGAUGCGAUUAUUGUAUGUUAUGGAAAUGUGAUACAAGUGGUUACACUCCAAGGUAACCCAAAACAGCAUAAGAAAAUGGUCUCCCAGUUGAAUUUUGACUUCAAUGUGGAUAGUAUAGUUUGUUUACCCGAUAGUGUUUUAGCAUUCCACAAGCACGGCAUGCAGGGCAAGUCGCUGCGCAACGGUGAAAUAACGCAAGAAAUCAAGGAUAUGAGCCGUACAUAUCGUUUGCUGGGUAGUGAUAAAGUUGUGGCAUUAGAAAGUCAAUUGUUACGCACCGGAUCCCUGGGCAGUGAAGAGGGUCAUGAUCUUUACAUAUUAGCCGGUCAUGAGGCUAGUUAUUAAAUUAGAACAAACAAAAAUAGUUGUUCCAACAAAUGUAUGAUUAAAUUUGGUAUUACCCCCCCUCUCCCAACUAAAAUUGCUAAUAAGCAAAAAAAAACAUAGAAAUUCUAAAGGAAUGCAAAACCAAUUUCUUACAAGCAAAUGUUGAACAAAAAAAAAUAUUUUGAAAAUAGCAAUUCUGUAAAAAAAUCCAAAAGGAAUGCAAAUCCAAUUUCUUACAAGCAAAUGUUGAAGAAAAAAAAAAUAUUUUGAAAAUAGCAAUUCUGUAAAAAAAAGAAUAAAAGCAAAAAAGAUAACUAAAUGAAAGAGGCAAAAGAGUUUAUUAUUAUUUAUAACCAAAAACAUAAACUCACAAUUUAAAAAAACACACCUAAAAGCAAACAACAGCAACAGAAAAGAGAUAAAAUUAUGCUACAAAAAAACUACCAUUUAAUGUUAAUGAUAAAUUUAAUACAAAAAAAAACAAACAAAACAAAGGAAGAAUGAUUAGCAAGCAAAUUUAGCAUGUUUUGUAAAAUUCUAAGAAUAUUUUUCACAAAAACAUUAAAAAACCCACAUGUAACGAAAACUUUAUAACAAAGAAGCUGCAACCAUGCGGCUCCUGGUUGGCUACUACCCCGCUUGAAUUGGGGUAUUGGCCCAAGGAGCUGGGCAAGUGAGUUGAUUUAGAAGACUAGAAAUUCGAUAAUUAUUAUUUUAUUUUUAUUUUUAACGAUUUAUGUUAAAUGAGAAAAAAAACACACACACACACACACUACAAAAACAAUAAACAAUAUGUAACUUAUAUAACUAAAAAUAAAAAAAAAAACACACACACAAUGCUCUAAGUAAUAGAACCUAGUAUACCGAAUGCAAGCGAAACUGCAAACUACAAAACUAAACAACAAAUGCAACCACAGCAACAAGAAACACAUCCAUAAGAAAAAAUCGACUCUUAAUCUAACUCUGUGUAUAUUGAUUGUAUUAAAAUAAAGAAACAAACAAACAAAAAACAAUAACAAUAGCAUUAUGAAAAAUUUAUUAUAAUAACAAUAACAACCACUAUUAACUGUAUUAAUUUAAACAAACAUUAUUUGUAUUUUCUCUUUGUAUUUUUUACAAAACUAAUAUUUAGUACAGCAC